UUUUCAUUCAUAUUUCUGGUCGGUUACGCCCUAACCUAACCUAAGCUCUCUCACCACCGCUCCCUCUACUUAGCACUGAACACACCUUCCGCCGCUACAGAACACCACCCUCGCCGUCCCUUUGGCAUCUCUGUUGCCGGAAAACGCUCGAAGCUCGUAGAAGAAGCUAACUAAAUUUUCCCUACCAAACAACCUCUAUUCGUACUCUCAUAUAAGUAAGACUGUCAAGAGCAAACCUCCAACACCCCCUCCCCCCAAUUUCCUCUCGAGAAAUGAUAUAUGCGAAGAAUGGGGGGACUGUCUCUUGGAGAGAAGAACUUCAUACAGGGUGGCAUUGCUCAAGAUCUUCGCUCUGAUGGUCGGAAAAGAUUAACUUACCGGCCUGUUUCUGUUGAAACUGGAGUUAUACCUCAGGCAAAUGGUUCGGCAAGAGUCAGGAUGGGGGCAACAGAUGUUAUUUCCAGUGUGAAGGCUGAACUUGGGAAGCCAAGUUCAUUGCAACCUGACAAAGGAAAGGUCUCCAUUUAUGUUGAUUGUAGCCCAACUGCAGCACCAAUGUUUGAGGGAAGAGGGGGUGAUGAGUUGUCGACAGACCUCUCGGUUGCUCUUCAGUGUUGUCUCUUGGGUGGUAAAAGUGGAGCUGGGGCUGGAAUUGAUCUCUCAUCUCUAAUAGUUGUGGAGGGGAAGAUGUGCUGGGGUCUUUAUAUUGAUUGCCUCGUCAUUAGUUCAGAUGGGAAUCUACUGGAUGCCCUAGGUGCUGCCAUUAAGGCUGCUUUGAGCAAUACCGGCAUUCCAAGGGUUCUUGUGGCAGCUGGUGCUUCAGGCGAUGAGCAACCAGAGGUUGACAUUAGUGACGAAGAAUUUCUGCAGUUUGACACAUCAGACAUCCCUGUCAUAGUUACCUUAACAAAGGUGGGUAGGCACUAUAUAGUAGAUGCCACAUCAGAAGAGGAAUCCCAAAUGAGCUCUGCGGUCUCUAUAUCUGUCAACAGGAAAGGACACAUUUGUGGUCUAACUAAACGAGGUGGUGCAGGCCUAGAUCCUAGCAUCAUUCUCGACAUGAUUUCUGUGGCAAAGCACGUAAGUGAACAGCUAAUAAACAAGUUGGAUUCUGAGAUAGCUGCCGCUGAAGCUGGUGAAGAUGAUUCAUGACAUAUUUAGAACCUCUGAUGCCAUCAUAGUUGGUACAUUUGAACUUAUAAAAAAAAAGGGGUUGGUACAUUUGAACAGGACUGUGCUCUAUGUAGAAUUUUUGAUAAAUUACCUGGGGGAUGAAAGAUAGAAUGGUAUGUUGCAACCCCAAUUUUCAGAGCUGUGCAAUCUAAUUUUGCUUGUUCCAGUGCCUGGUUACCAGUUUGUGAUAGUUUGAUCCUUCGCUUGUUUUGAGCGGUGGUGGUGAGUUCUAAAGAUUAAUUCCCAGCUAGUAGAUUAGCAUUUGCUGUAUUAUUGUUCUGUUGCGAACAUAUAUAUUGUUUUCUGUUGUUUUGAAAUUGGAACAUUCGCUUGGCAUAA